AUGAGCAAACAUCAACGUCGAAAAGGAAAUGCUCAGGCAGCAAGCAGUGCCCAUGCUGCAGAAUUAUUGACCAGUUCUGGACAUCCACUACAAAUUGUAACAUUUGGUGAUUGUGAGCCAUUUACAACAACUUCGUUAGAGAAUCGUGAUGCAGACGAGAAUUUCUUUGAUGCUGAAAUUCAGAUCGCUUUGAGAAAAACCACGAAAAGAGAUUUACAUACUCGGGAAAAAGGACUGAAAGAAUUGAGACGACUGAUUGAUGAAGUAGCAUUCGAUGAUGUCCGGAAAAGUUUCAAACAUUUUGCUGUCUUAUUUCCUAGACUAGCUUUUGAUACAACGGUAACAGUUAGAUCUAAUGUAAUCCGUGUCUUGGGGGAUUAUAUCAAAAAACUGAAAAAAAACUGUGAACCAUAUCUAGAAAAGGUUGUAUCUUAUGUAAUAUUAAUGAUGCACGAUAAUUAUUCCCAAGUAGCCAACGAAUCAAAAAGCAUGCUAGUGGACUGUUUUCCUAAUGAGAAAUAUGGUAUUCUUAUAGAAAUGUUCAAGGAACCAGCGUGUGUAAUUGCUCUUAAGUUUAUCAGUGGCAAACAUUCGUUAUUGCUCAGAUGUGAGGAAGAGGAGACUGAAGAACAGCGUUACGUGAGGCUUGCUUCACAAAGCUUGCAAUAUCUUCAUUGGUUUUGUACGCAGUCUCUUAGCGAUGAACAGCGUAAUCGAAUAAUUGAUUUUUUCAAUAACCGAUCAUACAGACGACUGUUAACAUCAUCUUCUCAGAUUGUUAGUGCUACAAUGAUCUUAGCAAGUCGCGUAGCGUCAUUACUUAACGGAUGGGAAGCAAUAUUAAAUAGUGCCUUGCCGACUACGGCACUAGCUCACCUGGACAGUAUCGACAGGAAUGUCGGUCGCGCAUCUGCUCUUCUCAUUCUUGAAAUGACCAAGGCGGACGUGCUCUUUACUGUACUAGAUAUUGAUAACGUAGUGGUAAAUCGUGUCAUAUCAUUGAUAAGGCGCAAAAAAAACUUUUGGAACCAUAUUUCAACGAUUUUUAUACCUGUAAUAAAAGCUGUGCUUGAUAAGAAGGUGGCGAUUGAAGGUCAAGAGCUGCUGAAGAGAACACUAAAUGCUUUUUUCGAUGGGAUGCCUUGGAAAUUAUCGUUUCCAUGUGUUGCUUGGGUAAAUACUUUUGCAGAAUUCACUGAAUUUGGGAUUUGGUGGACUAUGAAUCGGUGUGCUAAUGAUUUGGAUAUUAUUGUGGAUGAAUUUAUUGAAAAGGUGUGGAUUGCGAUGAAGUGCACUUUGAACUGGAAUGACAAGUCAUUAGUCAAGAAAAUGGUGCAUUUGCCAGGACGUAUUAUCAGUAAAUGGUUCCGAAAUUCGCAGAUUGCAGAUCGACUACGUAAUCAAAUUCAGGAUCAUCUUUUGAAUGAGCUUUCAUCUACGGAACCAUUAAUCGAGGAGUUAUUUUAUGACAAAGUAGAACCUGUUUGGUCACAUUUCAUAACGCAGUUGCUCACACAUGUACAUGCUAGCCAGAAAUUGAUUUAUAGUGUGAUGGAAAAGUGUGAUGAUGACAUACUGAAUAAGAUCGCUUCUGAGAUUGAUCUCUGUCAAGCUAUUUCGAGCAAAAUUAACUGGAAAGAUGCUGAAGAUGCAGCACUUCUCAUGCUGAAGUUACUGAUAAAAUUCAGCGCGAAAUUUGACAAGCCCAUUACAGAAUUCUAUAAGACUAAUGACGAAUUGACAUCCAUUCGAUUUCUAAUUGCUUUUGGGUUACUAGACAAGGACAGAUGUUUCGCAGCACAUUUUCUUACUGAUGAUCUAUUGCUUGUAAGAGCUAUGCGAUUUUGUGUUCGUCAGUCUGAUUUGAAACGUUGGGACAUUCUUAUGGAUAUCGCUACGUCGUUUCCUGAUUUUGAUACAGCUUUGCAGCAAGUCUUGGUAGAGAAUUGUUAUCAGAUUGAUCAACAAUUGCUUAUAACAGUGUUAAAUAAACGAGGUCGAGAGAUUUCUGAACAUUUGCGGAGCAAAAUUGUUGACCUUAUUGUUGGACAAUUUUUCGAAUUGCAAGAGCCAUCUGCAGAAGUCAUAAACGAAACAGUUAAAGUGAUGGUUUCAUCCAGUAUGGAUAUGAAAUCAGUAGCACAAACUAUUAGCAAUAAAAUUAAAUCAACCGACUUACUUCAGUCUGAUCGCUCUGACAUUGAAAUUGCGACAACAAUUGCUACUUCAUUGCCAUCUUCAUCUGUAACUUAUUUUAUUAUUAGUACUGCCGAUUUGGUUGAUAAGUUAUCUGUUCUCGAUAAAAUGUAUGGCUUAGAAAUAAUGGAUGCCCAGGAAUGUCUUGCUUCACCAAUAAUUAAAUCGUUGUUUAAUGAAAAUAUGGACGAUAAUUUCACAUUGUUACCUCAUCUUGGUUAUGCUGUAUUUAUAACAAGCUAUCUCGACAUGGUACUUGAAGAAAACAUGAGAUACUGCACCACAAGCUUCCUUUAUGCUAUUGCUGUUUCAUCAUUAGCAUCCAUAAAUACAGUAUGCAAUGAGAAACUCAUUGACACAGGAGCAAACUUAAAAAAUUUGAUCAACAACUUGGUUUUGGUGAAUGGGCAGCUUGUGGAGAACAUUGUUUCUGAAUGUAUCUCACUGAUUGCCAAAGGAAAUGAAUCAUUAUGUCUGUUCAUUACACUGCGCUCAUUAGCAAAUAGCUUAUGCGCGGAAAAAGUUGAGGCACUGUUCAAAGUUUCUUCAGAGAACUUGGAUCCAUAUGGAAUCACAUUUUGUUCCGCAGCUCUUCGCUUACAAGAUACAAGCUUGGUUUUCGACGAUUAUUGUGAACCCUAUAUUUCUAUGAAAUAUUGGACAAGCCGUUUUGAGAUAACAUCAUCUUCGGAAAAUUCUGUGAAUUUGCUCCAACUAUUUACUCAGUUCAUGGUAGAAGGACGCUCAACACUUGAGGAAUAUCUAUUCACUUAUAAGAUGGAGGAUGAUGAAAAACAAAAUAUAUUUAAUUGCGCCAUUCUUCGUUUCCUAAUUCGUUGUUGUCCAUAUCUACGGCAAAUGGAUACCUCCAUGCGAGAUUUCUUAUGUUGUGCAUUAAUUACAUCUCUCGAAAGUGCUAAUCAACUUUGGGGGCAGUGUAAAUCAAGAUCUUAUUUGUUAUUUAGCAGCAUGUCUGUGAAAUUAUUCAAUGAAUUUGCUCAAAUGAUUGAUAACACUAAAGAUGAUGUCGAAUUAGCACCUUUCAGACAGGAUUGGUCAGACUUCUUCUGUCCUACAGCGCAAAAUAUUUUGCUCAUAUGGUUCUUUGGGCUGACUUCAUAUCAAGAAAGUUCUCAUUUGAUGGCUCUUCAGAACGCUCUUUGUUUAUCAAUAAGUUACACAACCGAAGAAUUUAUUCGAACUGUUCCAUUACCGUCUGUUUUCGAUGUCGAGUUGGAUCUCCUGAACUAUGAUGAACAUCUGCAGUCAGUCAUCAUACCCUUGCACACACUCAUCAGCUGGCCUUUUCCGGAUGUUCAAAUUGCUGCACUGAAAAUACUGAAGUUAUUAACAAAGGACAUGUUGAAGAUACAAAAUAAGCAAAACGAAGAAAAUAAUCUAGGAGAUGAGAAGCUUCCUUCCAAUUAUGAAAAACGCUUGCCAGUGCCAUUCACGAGAAUUUUGGAUGAUACAGUGAUAGGCAGUUGUAUUUUGCCACCGAAAUUGCUUAUUUGGGAUGCUUUUAUCAGUUCUUUGAGUCAGUUUGAUCUGCUCGAAAGGGUAGCAUAUUGCAGUGCUAUGGGUGUGAAUAUCACUGUGGAAGUUACGGAUAUUGCUAAACGAGAUUAUUGGAAUGAAAUAAAAUUAUUAUUGCCACGAUAUGCUUUUCGGUUAUUCUACAGUACUUGCGGGAUACUACCGGCAGUAGUACGUCAAUGGUAUAUAAAGCUACCUCGUGCCGCUGCUACUAUUUGCAAAUCAUUUGUAACCAAAUCAAUCAGUCAAAUGAUCUGGAAAGCAGAGUGUAAUCAGUUUACAUCUCGUGAAAUACCGAAUAAAUUAAAAGUUCGAUUGUUGCGAGCAGCUCGACAAAUUGUGGCAGAAUACGAUUUGGAAGAUUCGACUAUGACUCUAACGAUAGAAUAUCCCGUAGAUUAUCCACUCAGCAUCCCCUUGAUUGAGGAUGAAAGAGCCAUCGUAAGUCGGGAAACAAGAAGGAAAUGGCUUUUGCAACUUACAAUGUUCCUUACUCAUCAGAAUGGUUCCAUUGUGGAUGCAGUAUUAAUGUGGGCAGGUAAUAUCGAGAAGCAUAUGGAGGGUGCAGAAGAUUGCACCAUUUGCAUGAUGACUGUCCAUUCAAGGACUUAUCAGUUACCACGGGUACGAUGCAAACAAUGUAAAAAACGAUUUCAUUCUGAUUGUCUUUACAAAUGGUUCGAUUCAAGCAAUCAGUCAACAUGUCCCUUAUGCAGAGCUUCAUUUCGUUAG